CCCAAAUGGCUUAUGGAUUUGGCUUUCUUAGUGGACAUGCUUUCACACUUGGACAAACUAAACCUGGACCUGCAGGGGAAAUUAAAAACUCUUCCUGAUCUGACACAAAGUGUAUUCUCCUUUGUUAACAAGGUGAAGCUGUUCAAAGUGCACAUUCAAAAUGGCAAUCUGUCCCAUUUUCCUUCAUUGCGCAGCGCCCAGCAGAAGGCUGGCAUUAAAAUGAAUAUGGGUCAGUACGUGAAAAUGCUUGCGCAACUGCACGGGAGCAUUACUUCGCGUUUUGAGGACCUGCAGCAGAAAAGACCACAGAUCGCUCUUCUCAUCGACCCUUUUAAUGCAGAGGCAGACUGCCUCAAAUCCCCGCUUGUCACUGAUGAGGCAGCGAGUGAACUGGAGAUGAUUGAGCUACGCGAGGAUGACAGACUGAAAUCUCUUUUGAAAGAAGGCCCUGUUGCGUUUUGGAGAGUUGUGCCAACUGAAAAAUACCCGUGUGUAAAAAGAGCCGCCCUCAAACUGCUGUCGAUGUUCUCCUCAACAUAUGUCUGCGAAUCCCUGUUUUCUACCUUGAAACACGUGAAGUCCAAGCAUCGGUCCGUUCUGACUGACACUCACGUAAAGGAACUGCUCCGAGUGGCUACAACUGAAUACCAACCUGAUUUGCAGAGGAUUACUAGAAACAAGAGAUGCCAGAAAUCCCACUGAGAUUAUCACCCCAUCACCUCCAGCAAGGUCAGCGCGUGGUGUGGCUCUUGGACUUUCACAGUUAAAGAUUUCGGCUCUUUGUGUCUAACUUGUUCGCCACCCCUGCUCU